UGUUGUGCCUACGCAUAGCUGUCUUCAUUUGUCUGGGAAUUUUGGUACUAGCUGAGGAUAUGGAUUCAUUACAGGAUCAAUAUGAAAAGGAGCAGUACCGGAUACGAAAAAGUAUUUGUGUCCAGAAUUCAGAAUAUGGCAAGUGCAAAGGACAUCGUCGCCUGUGGUACUACAAUCUAAACAAAGGCAAGUGCCAAACGUUUAUCUAUUCCAAUUGUGGUGGCAAUGGAAACCUUUUUUAUACCCGCGAAAGCUGUCAGGAAUUCUGUGGUCAAUACAACUGGAAGAAGACUGCGAUGAUUGGAGGUCGACUCGUGGUUUCUUCUAUAAGUGAACAUGGUCUAAGAUUGUAAAAAUUCCACAAAUUCCACAAAUUCAAAGUAAUUUUAUUAUUAAUACAAUAAGAAAUACGGUAUGGUAUGGUAUUUCAACAUUCCAACUAAAUUAGCUAAACAAACCGGAACACAUUUUAAUUAGCCGAAAAACGUUUAAAUACCCCAACAGUUACACAUUCUAUCUUAGAGAAGUUUUUGAGUUGAAAUAGUAAAAUAUGAAAACGCUUGUA